UCAAGAAUCUCCUUCUCAGUUGGAGCCUGCGGACCCUGAUUUCUACAAGAUAGGUUAUGUUCGAAGUAUGAGAGCUUAUGGAAUUGAGUUUAAGGAAGGUCCUGAUGGUUUUGGAGUCUAUGCCUCCAAAGAUGUUGAACCUCUUCGUUGUGCUAGAGUAAUUAUGGAAAUACCUUUGGAAUUGAUGUUGACAAUAAGGCAGAAGUUGCCAUGGAUGUUCUUCCCGGAUAUAGUGCCACUAGGUCAUCCCAUAUUUGAUAUCAUAAACUCAACCAAUCCUGAGAUUGGGAUCUGAGAUUGGCAUGCCUUCUCUUGUAUGCAUUUGAUAAGGAGGAUAACUUUUGGCAACUAUAUGGAGACUUCUUACCUAGUGCUGAUGAGUGCACUAGCUUGCUUCUUGCUACUGAGGACGACCUCUCACAGCUGCAGGAUCCUGAUCUUGUUUCAACUAUGAAAAAUCAACAAUUAAGAGCCUUAGAAUUUUGGGAAAAGAACUGG